AGUUUUUAUUAUUCUAUAAUUAUAUAAAAUGCCAAAUAAACGAAACACUUAUGAUGAGAAAAAUAAUAGUCGAAAAUUCCGUACUUCUACAAUGUUAAUGAAAGCGGCGCUGAAUAAUGAAAAUGAGCAUUGUGAUGGUCCUGUACUGAAUCCCCAAAUUCUGGACGAAACUAAAGAUGAAAAUACUAUACCACAUUUAGAUGAAAGUAUACUUUCAGCUCUUAGUAACACUUUAAAUAGUAAUAAAGUGUAUGGGGAGGACAUACAUUCUGAAAUCAUAAAGAGAUUUGAGACCAUUUUAACUUGUGGUUUAAAGAAAGAUAUCAAAGAAGAGAUUGUUAAAAGAUAUUUGAUACCGAAAAAUGCUAAACUGUUAGAUGCUCCCAAGUUAAAUGUGGAGCUUCAAAGUCUCCUAACUGACUCAGUAAUAAACAGGGAUACAAAAUUAGAACAGCAGCAGCAGCAGUUGGGUACUACCAUUGCUAUUAUUGGUGAUAUUAUGAACAAUCUGAGAAGAGGUGAUGUUAAUAUAAUGAACACUAUCACCACUCUUAGUGAUGUGAUAAGAUUGUUAAGUGAUUUACAUUGGGAAGAUACAAUCACACGCAGAAAACUCAUUGCUUCUAAUUUGGAUGAAAACAUAGCACAGUCACUUGAAGGUUCAGUUCGGGAUAGUCUCCUGUUUGGAGUGAACUAUAAUAAAAAUGUGUUAACACCUAACAGCACUAAAAAGUCUGGAACAGCAAUCUUAAAACCAUCCAAUAUUAAUAAUAGCCAGAAGAAUAAGAUCCAGCGAAAUCUUCCGAAACAGGUAUCUGGAAACUAUCAGGGCUCUCCUUGUGAUAGUCAUUAUGAAGAAGCAGAUGGAGAGCAGUCAUCAGCAGAGGACCUUGAUGAGACGUGGGUUGCAGUGUCCAGCAGCCAAACUUUACCUCUCCACACAGAAGAUUGUAUGUCAAUAUCAAAGGGACCCACAUCACUUACACAGCAGUCUUACCCUGGGAGUCUGCAUCUUAUCAUUGAAGGAUGUAGGAAGAGGUUAGUACCAGAGGAAGACAUCAAUGUAAUGAUAUCUUCUUUAUCAGAUGACACUAUUAAACAAUACACAGUAGCUCUUACAAAAUGGUGGGUUUAUUGUGAUGGAAAAGAUGUUUUUGAGUUAUCUAUCCCCAAGGUUUUGAAAUUCCUCUCAGAAAAUUUAAAUCAAGGAGCUUCUUAUAAUACUUUAAUUACUUUUCGUUCAGCCCUGUCUGUACUAUUGAAGUCAAAUUUAGACAAUGAUUCCCAAGUUGAACAAUUUUUUAAAGAUAUUGAUCAAGUGGAACCAUCUAUAACAUUGGACCCUUCAGUUAUUUUAAAUUAUAUUUGUAACUGGUUUCCCAAUGAGUACUUAGAUUUAGAUAAGUUAACAAAGAAAUCGGUAACUUUAUUAGCACUAGGAAGUGAACUAAGCAUUCAAACUUUAUCAUUAAUUAGUAUAAGUGACAUAGAGAUUGUUGAAAAUGGGGCUAAAAUUAAAAUAACAAAUUUAUCAAAAACAUCUGCACCAGAAAAUCGUCAGGUUUAUUUGUUCGUUCCAUUUUAUUUGCCUAAACCUGAAAUAUGCCCAGUUUUAACAUUAAAAUGCUAUAUAGAGAAGACUCAAAACUUGAGGAAUUUAAAUACUGAUGAUAAGCUGUUUAUUUCUUAUAUAAAACCUCACAACCAUGUCAGUAUUAAAACAUUAAUUAGGUGGAUAAAACAAGUAAUUAGUGAUGUGGACCCUACUUUUGCACCCAGAGAAAUAUCUCUCACUACUAUGUUUAAGAGUGUAGGUUGGUCUAUAGGGUCGACGGUAUUUACGGAAUAAUAAACGAGUUCAAAACCAUAGAUUUUUUAUUUUCAUUUUGGUUUUUUAUCACAUUAAUCCGUAGGAAAUAUUUAUUAUUAAUUGUAGAAAGCAAACAUAAAUUAUGUUUAUACAAUAAAUAUUGAGUUUUUUGUUAUUACAAUUUCAUAGCAUAGCUGUAUUACAACUCCCAACGUUUAAAUAUAUAAGAUACAUUAUAAGAAAAGGGUCUCAGAACUUCUCUUUAUGUAAGUUUGUUUAAUUUUACAAUUUAGGCAGAGACACUAUGUGACAAUAUUUAGAAUUUCCUGUCCUUUUUUUCUUAUAGUUGGAAGUUGUAGGUACCUAUAUGCCAUUAGAAUUUAAAAGUUGUUCUAAAAGGAAACUACAGUUGUGAAGUUGCCGGAUCUAAAUCUCAUAUUUGUUUUUAUUUUAAUGAAGGCAUUCGUAUUUACCUAAUCAAUUAUUGUGAAAUGAGUAGUGUCUCGGACUAAGUAUUUAGUAAAAUUUCAAGUAGAAUUUCAUUUAAUUAUACAAUUGUAUAACAUUGUGUUUAUAAUACGUCUUAUCAAGCAGCUAUUUAGUGAUUGUAAAACAAGAUGUGCCAUCUUGUUUUAAAUCAGUAAGUAUUUUAUACAUUGACGUGCCCGCGUGUUUACGAAAGCAAUUUAAAUAUAUUUAGGGAGGUAGAUAUUUGUUAUCAUACAUGUAAAUUUAUUUCAUUAAGUUUAUUUACUUCAAAUAUUUAUAGGAUUUACAUAUAAAACCUAUUAAUAAGUAGAAAAUCGUAUAGAUUUUGUUGUAGUCAUUGCUUGUGACUUUAAGAAAACAAAUUUUUAUGUUACUAAUUAUUUAUAAGAGAACGAUAUUCAUACAUUCCGGUUUUGCAAGUAUCUGUUCUAUACGGUUCUAUUUAUUUCGAUUCAUUAAAAUUUAUAAAUAAAUACUAAUUUUAAUUCAAAUACUCAUGCCAUAUUUAGUUAAGUAUUGAUGCUACUGGCUAGUUCGAGCACUGAUUUAUCUUUGAUUUAUUUUAUUGAUAGACAACCCACAAAUAUAUAUUUUUUGCUCCGUGCUCUUUUUGCACAGUGCAAAGAAAAAUAUUUCUUAUAAAAUUCUUGAAAUUACCGAAUAGUAGUAGUAAUCAACAGAAUUUAAACAAAGUAGAUUCAACCGCCAAGCAAUUUACUUUGACAGAAAGCACGAGUAGUAUACGAUAUUGAUAUUACAGAACGUGUGUCAUAAGUUGAUAUUUGCGGUGCUGUUCAUUUUUAUAGGCGACGGUUACACCCUAUCAAGGAAGUCGUCAGUAUGUUAGCCAUGCCAAUUACAGAAAAAAUAUCUAAACAUUAAUACGUAUGUAAUCAAAUAUACAAUAAGUGCAUAUUUGCCUACAAUUAUCUACUCAACAUAUCUAAUUACGCUAUUUGACGAAUAUCUAUUGUUUACCUUAUACCUGUAUAUAUCGUUUACCUUAAGUCCAAGAUUGACAUUCGGAAUUUACAAGCUGGAUGUUGAUUCGAGUAGAAACAAUAUUCACAACUUAGUUUGCAUCCAGAAAAUAGGGUUGAAAGAUACUGAACAAUGCAGAAUGAAGUAAGUUUAAUGAUAUACGUAUGGAGUAAACGCUCUGUGGUAUUUUAGCAGUUUUCACUUAAAACAAAAAUUGUUAUUUUUUCAAAAUCAACUAAUUUAAAUAUUCACAGUUACUAUUAAACGUUUAGUACACGUUAUCUUAAUAUAGAAACACUAAUACUAUUACAUAUGACAGACUGAUCUGUACAGAGCUUGUGAUGUAAGAUGGUAUGGUAUAUAAAAUGUUAACUUUUUAAAAAGAUAUUUGAAAUAAAUAAUGUUAAAACUAUGCAGGGUAUAACAGAGAAGGUAUGACAAUAAAUCAUAGAAGCUCGAAGGUUGAUACAAAUACAUUUUAUACUCUUAAACCGUAUGAUAAUCUAUCUACUUAACAUAUGGUUUAAGAGUAUAAAUAACAUAUAUAUAAGUAGAUUGUUUUAGUGCCAGUAAUACAAAUUAUUUUUUUUUUUCUUGAAGAAAUUACAAAGUUGUCAGUUUGUGGUGUGUGUCAAAUCUAUGGGUGGAUUUCCAAUGAUUUGUACCUUAUCCGUUACAUCUUGUAUACAUAUCUAUCUGUUGUAAUACGAAAAAAGGAACAGUAUACAAUUUGUAUGUUAGUCAUUAAAUAUAUGCAUGUUGAAAUUACAGGUGAAGAGCAAGAAUCAUGGUCACACAAAAUAUAAUCUGUAGAUUACAUAUACAUUUUUAUGUUUGUACAACAAACUCCAGAUGAAAAUCUGUAAAGACCGAGGUCUAAUUCGAAAUGACGAAUUUUAAAAAAGAUCAUAGUAUAUUUAAAUAAUUUUGUAAUUAUCAACGUAUUCUUUUUAAUUUUAAAGUCUAAUAUUGUAACAAUAUGGUUAUAGUGGCUGAAGUACAGCUUUUGAGUUUAAAAUGUGUGUGUAUUUCAAUUAUACAUAGAAGGGCAAAGCAUGUUUACUUCAUAUCCACCUUUAUACUUAGAGAGUAUUAUGUAGUUGAGGUUGUAUGUAAGUCUAGGUACUAACAGACAUCGAUGCUGCCAUUUUAAGUAAUUGAUCACAAAGCAUUAAUGUGAUUUUUGUUUAGUAUUAAAGACUAUGAAAUAUAAA